GCCAGACAGUCGCGCCUUAGACUGUGACGGGAGUAGUGUGACGCUGUUCUCCGCCGUCCCCCGGGAUACUACGUACAAAGAAAAUUUUUUGUGACGUUUACUACUCGGGAUUAUUGUGAUUUCCAGACAAGUGUGUGGUUGGAGGGUUGCGGUGGAGGAAACGUGGCCAAGGAAGUGUAACAAGUGAAGCAUCAUCUGGUGAAGAGGAAACUCGCACAGUCCGUGAGCGCCGACCACGCCAUCACACGCCUGAUCCACCCAGACGUAUACUCACACGUUUGGAAAAGCAGAAUAGCACUGAGGACAGCACCUCCAGCAGCAGUGGUAACUCAACACCGGAUCAUCGGCCGACCCGCAGACCUUAUAGAAACAGCCGAUUACAAAAUAUCAACAAUACUGGGCAUAGUGAUACUGAUAUUGUAAGCAUCAGUAGUAGUAUUAGCAGUUCUAAUAGUAGUAGCUUUAAUACCAGUACAAGUGGCAGUAACACCAGUGCAAGUAGCACUAGUACCAGCAGUAGCAGCACACCAGAGCCCGAGUUACCAUCCCGACCUCCGUCACGUAGGGUUGCAGCUGCAGCGGCUCUAAGACAGAAAUUAGGUAUCCACCGAGCUACAGGUGGUAAGAGGGGACCAACCAAUAACGGUGCUACUCGACGUCCAACUCAGAGAUGGCGUAGUGUAUCACCGGUCACUCGCACUCCUCAGCCUUCGUCGCCAUCCACAACACUUUACUCGAAUAAAAACAAAAAUAAUAACGAAAAUAAUAGAAAUAGUACCAAUUGUGAAGAAAGUAUUAGCAAAAGCCAAAAACGGAAAAAUAACAGCCCAAACAGAGCAUCAAAUAAAAACAACAAAUGUGGCACUGCAAUUGAAAUUCCAGUUAAAGGAGAUGAUUUGUUAGAAUCAAGAUCAGAACUUUCUCCAAAGAAAGAUAUCAGAAAAGAAACUGAUAUUACAAAUGCCAUUAGUUCAUCUGAGGAUCCUAUUGUAGUUUAUGAAAAGACUAAUUUUCUGAAUCGGACACCACCUAAUAGAAGAGCUGUUGAAAAUCGAAGUUCAAAUAACAGAAAGCCUACAUUGAAUUUAAAUAAGGAUCUCUCGCCAAAUAAAACUGUUCCAUCUCAAUUAUUAAUUAAAAAAGAUUCUCCAGGGAGAGUAACAGCAUCUUGUAAACCAUACAAGGAAAAGGAGGAAUCAGUUGAUCAGACUUGCACAACACCAGAAAGCAAGUAUAUAAGUCCUGAGUCAUCCAACACAGUUAUUAAAGAAAAUGUAAACAGGAAAACUUCUGCUGUUGUCCCACCAACAAGUAGUUCCAUAUAUAAUGAAGAGGUCUUUAUAAUAGAACCUUGUAAAGAGGAGUCUGCCAAUAAAACUUCUCCAGUUAGUGCUAUAAAAACUGAAGAGACCACAAGGAAACCAGUGUUGAAAAAUUUCAAGAAAGAGUUGGUGACAAAGGAACCCCCAGUUCUUUCAAACUCUUCCAAAGACGAGAAUUCCAAGAGAACAUUUCCUUCUGGUGCUUUAGUUACAGCUGGUGAAACUCCUAGAAAUGAAAACCAGUGCAAAUCAGAAGCAGCUGUAGAAAUCUUAUUAGAUUCUGAGAAGGGCAAAUUUGCUUGUGAAAAACUUCCUGAAACUAAAGAGGAAAAAACACCUGCCAAAGUAGAAUUGGAGAAGCCUUCUGCUUCAUUAGAAGGAAAGAACAGCUCAACAGACAGCACUAAUGUUUUUCCAUGUACCUGCAGCAAAGCUUCCAUCAGUGAUACCCUUGUAACUACCACAGCUGUAGUUAGGAAGCCUAGUUUAAGUGAGGAUGAUGUUGUGAUUGAAGCCACGAGUGUUAUACGAACAGCAGGUGAUAGUUCAAGUGCAAUUGUUAGCCAGCAUGACAAAAGUGUUAGGAGUGCCAUUUUGGGCCCGAGUGCCAACAGUGUUGUGGUAAGCAGCAACACAGCUGCAGUGUGUGUCGGAACCACCACAGUGAGUACAGUGUCGACUGUGACUAGUGUGACUAGUGUCUCUUUAGUGCCAGGCACAACUAGUGCCAUUGUUAAUUCAUCCAAUGUCAGUGGAGUUACUUGGUCUUCAGAAAGCAGCAAGGUGAACUCUAGUUGUAAUAGUAGCACCAAUUGCAAUACCAGUAGUAGCCGUGGGUGUGCAGAGGUGGCGGGCGUGGUGAGCGGGCGGGCAGUCACCAUCACAGCAACCAGCGGGCCAGGCCCCACGUGCAGUUCCCGUGUGGCAUCCCCACCAUCUGUAAGCAUCACGGCAGUGGUGCGCAGCCCUGUCCACCUCCAGCCCGCCAACCCCGACCCUGCCCAUCUUGCCCCGCACCAUCAUGACGGGGCAGCCCACACAUCCCUGCACCACCAGCAUCAGGCGGCUCAUCCUUAUCAUCACCAACAGCAUCACCAACUCCAACAACAUCAGUCACAGCAGCUUAGCACCCCGUCAACAACCACCAGGAUGGACCAUUGUGAUGGCUCAAGUGACUCAGGUGUAAGUGUAACCGAGCGUUCUGUGUCACGCUCAUCAGUGCUUAGUGAUGACAGGUCAUCUUCAGCAGAAGUAAAGCCUAACACACCUACACCUGCAGCUGGUCAAACUAAGACAUCACAGGCAUCAUCCUCACUCUUCAUAGACCGUAAGGAACCUGUUCGCGUCUGGCGUGAUCCAUCACUUGUGUCUCAGUCAGAGCACACAGUGCGUCACAUUCAUUCAGUGCAGCACACCAGCAUGUCACAGCACUAUCCAGGGGUGCCGCCCCCUCAUCUUGCAGCUCCGAAUGGGGGCUCUGGUGGCUCCCACGGACCUGCUCACCAUGGCUCUCAUGGCCAGCCUCCUGUAUCCAUGCCUCCUGGCUUACCCUAUUCAACACACCCAGGAGCAGGUGCAGCAGGCAUACCUCCACCCUUGCAUCUGCCUCCUGGUCUUCAACAACCUCUUGCUGGCUUGUAUCCAUCUCUUUCUCAUGAUGUAUGGAAACAGCUUGCUCCAGUACCUCCACUACCACCACAUCCAUAUGCUGGUCUCCUAACUCAUCAUCAAGAGGAACUAAUGCAGCUGGAACGAGUUCGGGAAAUUGAUCGGGAGCGUGCUGAGCAGGAGAGACACCAUAGGGAGAGGCGUGAGGCCGAAGUCCGCGAAAAGGAGAGGAUUAACAAAGAGAAAAUGGAGAGGGAAAGAAUGGCAGAGAGGGAGCGGAGAGAGAGGGAAGAUAGGGAGAGGAGAGAGAAGGAGCGGCGAGAAAGGGAGGAGAAGGAGCGGCAGCAGUUUCAGGUGGAUCAACAUUUUAACAAGUCAUUCCGCCUGGCCCAACAGAAGCAUGGUGGAGAGGGCGUGCGUCACAUGCCAGCCGACCACCUCAACCAGGCCUAUUACGUCCACGGCUUGACCAACCACCAUCCCUCCAACCACCCAACUCACAACCACUCCCUCCUCAUGACACAACACAGUAAAGCCUACCAGGCUCAAGCUCAUGCCCAGAAGGUGAGUGGUUGGAAUCAAAUCGGUGGAUUGGUCAAACCCGAGCGUAUGGAUGCGAUAGAUGAACGCCGACUUUUGGAGCAGCAGCAGCAACAGCAGCAGCAACAGCAGCAGCAACGGCAGGAGGAAGCUAUACGUCGUGCUCAAGAACCUGAAAAGAUUGUUCAUGAAAGCAUAUACAGAUUUUUUCGUGAUCCUGAUAGAGGUAGAGAAGCUCAGGUCAAGAUAAGACACCCACCACCAGCUCAUUCAAUUAAACCUCCUGUGGAAAAGCCCACAGCACCUGCAGGCUUACCAAAGCUUGCUGAACCAAGUUUCAACCUUGGCAAUUACCCACCAAACUACCUUCCUAAAGAAGCCAAGCUUCAACACACUGAGAGGGUUCCCUACUCGCAAUAUCAUGAUCCAAGGGACAAAGCCUCUGUUAUCAUACAACCUGAAGUAAAGUAUGAGAAAGCUCCACCGCAUUCUAUAAGUCCUAAACGUCCCCCAGAAAGGUCUAGUCCGUACCCACCUGGCUCAGCGUACAAAUCCCAUGAUCCAUCUUCAUCCCUACACAGAAGCAAUACCUCGCACCAUUCAACUUCUUUGUCUCAUAGUGUGGAGUUGACCAAAGCUAGGCAGCCUCAGUCAUCGCCACAUUCUACUUCACCAGCACAUCCUGAUCGUUAUUAUCCUCCAGGGGCCAGACCACCACCUACAACUUACCCUUCUAAUCUUAUUGCUGCUGGGCUGGUUCCCAAUCCAAUUCAUGUAUCCUCUGUCUCUGCAAAAUCUAAGGUUAGCUCUCCACCACCCCAAGUUUAUGGAAAACCUGGUAUUACCACGGGUACUCCUGUGUGCCGUGUAGAUUCCAGACCCACUCAACCUGUUCCCCUUACCAGUAAAGCUCCUGUUACUGGCCCUCCGCCAGCCCAUUCAGGGAGAGGAUCUCUCAGUGAAUCCAGGUCUCUAAUUUCUUCUCAUGAACAGAGGCCUCCCAUGGAACGAGGCCCAUAUGAUGCUCGCAUCUAUCCGCCCACAGUACCUUCACCUCACCACAAACAUGUAGUGGCUCCGGGUCCACCUCCAGUACGAAUGCCUCCAGCCACGUCUCCACAUGUUGCAACCCCUCACAUUCCCCCACAUCCUUCUCCACAACCAACACAAACACAACCUCUUGACUUAGGCACUCGUGAAGACACUGCUUCUCCUAGCAAGAGAAGAACCCAAACUCCUACACCACAGGACCCUAAGAAGGCUAGGUUUGAAACCACUAACAAUCAACCAUUAUUGUCCCGGGUGUCAGAACCUAGUCCUCUGUACCCAACUGCUGCCACUACUAUUACUACAGUUGAGAACACUGUAGCUUUGGUAGCCAAUUUGUCGCGAGUGGCAAGCCCAGCUUCACGUCCGCCCAGCCAACCACCUCCUGCCACCACCCCAACGUUGCAACGUACAGAAAAUUCUUCUUCUCCGGGAACAAACAAGAUACUUGAACCUGAGAAGAGCAGUAGUCCUGGUCCGGUGGGUGGAUAUGUGCACAAGCUUAAAAAGGCCUGGCUUCAGAGACAUGAAAAUACUGCAGAAAUUCUUCCCCCUACCACUGCCACGGCAGGUCUUUCAACUAGAGUAGCAACACCACCUCCGGCCAAUACUACAAUUGCUCCCUCAAAACUUACUUCUACCACCACCACAACAGUCAAAUCUGAACCCAAGCCUGUUGUACGUAAGCCAAAAGUUGUGAAUAAUAUCCCCAAUGGUCAUAGCCAAGAUAUCAAAGACGGUGAAACAAGUUCAACAGACUCUGAAGGAAGUACUACUCAGAAACCAAAACGAGGUAAAGGAAAAAGAAAAUUAAAAAAGAUUAAAAGGGGUAGUGACAGUAAUAGUGACAGUGAUAAAGACAGUGAUGCAAGUGAAACUACUGCCAAGAAUUCUGGACGUUUACCCACAAAACCAGAUUCUGAACCUAAAAAGCGAGGCAGGAAACCAAAGUCGAAACAAGAAAAAGAAAAGGAAGAUGGUCCAAAGCCAAAAAAAUCCAAAGAGGAGCCCCCACAAAAUGACCCUCUGCAGAAACCUCCCGUAUCUCAGUUAAAGAAAACAGGGGAGAGCUUCUCGCAAGAUGGGUCAUGUUAUGAGGUGGCUCCCAAACUACCGAAAUGCCGUGAAUGUCGUUGGACCGCCCACCAGAGAAACAAGAAGAUGCCCAACCACUUUUGUCGUUUUUAUGCCUUCCGUCGCCUUCGCUACACCAAAAAUGGGCAGCUGGCUGUUGCUGGCUUUUCUGACCCCAUUAAGGAUGCCUAUGGAGAUGACCUCAAACUUUGGGUGCCAGACGUUGAAAAUCCUCCGAAUGAUCUGGACGUUGACACAAGCAAGUUCCUGUUGACCCAUGUUGGUGACCAGUUUUGUGACUUGGUGGAGCAGGAAAAGGAAGCGAUGGCUCUCCAUAUGGGUGAUGAUACUGUUGUGGCUUGGAAACGAGUAGUAUUGGGAGUUCGUGAAAUGUGUGACGUUUGUGAAACCACAUUAUUCAACAUUCAUUGGGCAUGUAGCAAAUGUGGAUUUGUGGUUUGCAUAGACUGCUACAAAGGUCGAAAGAAUGGAACAGUCAAGGUGUGGGAUGAAGGUGGAAAAGAUCGUGAUGAAUACUCGUGGCUCUUGUGUGCUUCUAGACUUCCUCAUGAGCAGGAUAAACUUAUGCUUACUCAGAUUAUAUCUGGUAAUGCUCUUCUUGAUCUGGGUAGGAAAGUGCAUGAGAUGCGACACCAGUGGGGAAUUCCUCAGUAUUGUGACUGUGCAGAGGCUAAAAAGUACAAAGACCAAGCACCUCAAGAUGACAAGAAGAAAGUCAAUGGGGUUAACAAAGAUCUGCUCAAGAACAUUAAGAAAGAACCCAAGACAGAAAUGGUUAAUGGAACAGUAAAGCAAGAGAAGACAGAGAAGGUCAAUGGUAAAGAUGAAGAGAUGUCCAAUUCUCCUCUAAACUUCUUCGCUGAUGUUGCUUUGUCCAAUGACAAACGUGAGAGUGAGAGUUCUGAUUCUGACUCGGACUCGGAUUCCGAUGAGAAAGAGGGCAACUUUUCUACAUUACGGAAGCUGUUAAUCCAACCUAAUGGUAGCACGAAGGAAGAAACGGGAAGCAGCACAAAACCCAGCAAGGAGAAUAGUAAAAAGAAACCCAAAUUGGACACAGUGGAUGAAGUGAUUUCCUGUGUAAUAGAGCACAAUUCUGACAAGGAUGAUGUGAAGGACAACAACCAGAUGGUGCUCAAACAUUUCAUUAGAAAGUACAACUACGGCCCCCGUGGUCGUGAUCCACUGCCAAUCAGGAUUAUGACCAAGACUGAAAGCAGCUUGUUAUACCCGGGUGUGGCCCAUUCUUGGUUGUGUGAUGGGAAACUCUUGAGGUUGCUAGAACCCCUAGCACCUGGCAACACUCCACUCUUUCAGGACCAGUGGAAACGUGGUCAGCCUGUUGUUAUAUCAGGUGUAGGACUAAAGCUCAAUCCUGAUCUCUGGACACCUCAGUCCUUUUCUAAAGACUAUGGAGAUAUUAAAAAUGAUUUGAUAAAUUGUCUCACUGGAAAUAUAGUGCCCAAUCAGCCAAUGAAAAAGUUUUGGGAUGGUUUUGAGAACUAUGGAAAACGACUUAAGGAUGAAAAGGGUCAGCCUAUGGUACUGAAACUCAAAGACUGGCCUCCAGGAGAUGAUUUUGCAGAGAUGUUGCCUUCGCGGUUUGAAGAUCUAAUGAAUGUCCUACCAAUGGGAGAAUAUACAAGAAGAAAUGGGCGUCUUAAUCUUGCGGGCCGCCUUCCAGAUUGCUUUGUCCGACCAGAUCUUGGACCCAAAAUGUAUAUUGCAUAUGGAUCAGCCAUGCAUCCUAAUAGAGCUUCCACUAAUUUACACCUGGACAUAUCUGAUGCUGUUAAUGUUAUGUGUUAUGUGGGAGUUCCAAAAGAUGCAGAUUAUGAAGAUCAUAUAAAGGAAGCUCUAAAGGCCAUAGAUGAAGCAGGUUGCGAUAUCUUGACUCGGCGGCGAGUACGUGAGAAGGAAGAGGUACCUGGAGCUUUGUGGCACAUCUACCAUGCUCGUGAUUCUGACAAAAUUCGUGAUUUGCUCAAUAAAGUGGCCAUAGAACGUGGGGACAAAUUGGAACCUCACCAUGAUCCUAUCCAUGACCAAGCAUGGUACCUCGAUGGCCCUCUUCGGGAGAGACUUUAUAAGGAAUAUGGUGUUGAAGGCUAUGCUAUCAUCCAGUGUCUUGGUGAUGCAGUCUUCAUUCCAGCAGGAGCUCCACAUCAGGUUCGUAAUCUGCACAAUUGUGUCAAAGUGGCAGAGGACUUCGUCUCGCCAGAGAACAUUUCUUACUGCUUCCACUUAACACAAGAAUUCCGCCACCUUAGUGAUACCCAUACCAACCAUGAGGAUAAACUCCAGAUUAAGAAUAUCAUUUAUCAUGAUAUGAAGGACUCUAUGGCCUGCCUUAUGGCUGCCAGCAAGGAAUUACAAAUCAAGAAUGAGCCUGAGGAAGAUACGGACAUAAAAGUGAAGAAGGAGUCAGAUUCAUGAAAUUAGCUCAAGUGACUAGAACUUUGUUUCAAUGAAAUCGUGAUUCUGUGCUCUUGAAAGUGUUAAGUGUUUUUCUUUGCAACUCUUGGGAAUUAUGGAAUAUAUAUAACCGUGAAAUGAGAAAGUGACUCCAAAUGCGGUAAUGCGUUGUGCUGUAAUCGAACUGACGUUGCAGUGAACGAACGUUUCAGUGGUCUCAAAACUUUUGUUUUUAUACGAAAUGUUUCCUAUUUUGAGUGCAAAUAAUCAAUUCCACUUUUCAUUUGUAAGGAAGAUGUCAUGAUUUGUAUGGAACACAAAAAAGUCCAGUUCAUUUUGGUGUUUAUUAACAAAGACAAGUAAUGUAAGUAGAAAUGGUGUAAUUAUUUAUUAAUCCUAUAUGAUGUACUAAUCACAAUGGACCUUAUUGUUAAGGGCCCACAUUAAUCUCUAUGUAUCCACGGUGUACUUAAACCAGUGAUGUGACAUAGAGUGCGCAAGAUGGUGUGCACGUUAAAAGUUUUGGGCCAAUUUUGGCUCCCCACUUGACUUGAGUGUGUCCACACAACUUAGGAUGUGCACUCUGAUUACUGGUGUUAGGUGUUGAUAACUCCAGCUGGGAAGCCAAAUGCAACAAGUGGUGUAGUUGAGAGCCUCCGUGCUAACAGGCUGGGAACCCUGUUGUGGCCAGGCAACUGCUCCCCCCUCCCCCCCCCUUCCAUGCUCUUUCUUUUUAUCCAUAACUUGAAUUGUAUCUCUGUAGUAAUCUCUGUAUCUGUCUGUUGCACACACACAACAUACCAGUAUACAUAAUACCCAGGCCUCAUCUAUUAACACACAGGCUGAGGCCUUGAUUACAUCCAUAUAUGGGUGGGACUUUGCCCAGCUAUAACAUUGGUAGUGAUGGUGGAGCAGGGAGCUCAAGACCAGGGGGGGGAGUAUUGGCUGUGCAGUAGUGACAGUGAUCAGCUCCACAACGACCCUCCACCUAAGCUGCUGCUGCUGCCACCUCUCUUCUCCCCCACCUCGCUCCCUGCUGACCUUAAACCAUGUCAAUUCAUUUUGUACAUUGAUCUCAUUGUUGGUGUAAAUGUGAGUAGUCUUGAGGGAUGGAUGUUACUUGUAGUGUGUUUCUCACAUGUCAUGUUGUUAUAUUUGUUUAUUACUGAAGUCUGUGUUUUAUUUGAAAAGGAAAAAUUACAAAACACAAGUGAUAGGCAUAUUGUUGCCAUUGACCUUUCUUUUAUUAAAAUUAAAACUUAAAAGAAGAGAGAAUAAUUUAUUUGCUUGUAAAGUGUGGGCGGAUGUAGAAAUGUACAUUGAUGUAGGCGUGUAGUGCGCGAGGGGUGAGCAACGCCCUGAAGACUGCCCCUCACCCCGCCUCACCAGGAGGACGCAACUCUACUACUUUUUUGUACUGUCAAUAUGUAAACAGAUCACAAUUUGAAUAGGAAAAAUGAUGCCAA